UUAACAUCUGACUUUCUGAGUGUAAUGCGCAUUGGUUGCACUUUGAACUCAAAAAUUGCCAUUCUGAGCUAUAUAUACUGUUAUUUUGAUAGUUCUCUCUCUUUUUGAUCGAUUAAAUUACUCUUGUACAAGAGACUCAUAAAAUCAAGCAAAAUGACGAAUCCUGAAGUUGAAUCUGCUGCUAUAAACACAUCUUCAAAAUCUGAGGAGGUUCCAGCAUCUACCGAGAGUACUUCUACGGAGGGUACAAUAAAAAGUGAAUUUCUGGAGAGAGUAUCUGAAAUACCAGCAGUAUCUGCUGCUAAAGACUAUGGCACAGCUGCUUAUAAUCAGGUCAAACAGUAUAAUAGAUUUACAGCUGCUGCAUUAAGUGCUGCUGAAACAGCUGCACUGUAUUUUGCUGUGACUGCAAAGCCAUUUUUGGAAAAAAUCCAGCCACAAGCUCAGUUGGUAGAUACCUUAGCUUGUAAAGGUUUAGAUACUGUUGAAGAAAAGGUGCCAUUUCUUAUGAAACCACCUGAGGAGCUUGUUGAAGAUGCAAGAAAGUUAUGUUAUUCAACUGUUGACAAGGGAUAUCAGAAGGUAGAAGAAAUCAAAACUUUGGGAACAGAAACGUUGUCUUCGGUUAAAAAUUAUGGACUUCAAAAAGCAAAUGAUGCUUUGACUGGAACUGAAUCUUUAGUUGAGAGAUACCUUCCACCAGCAUUUGGAGAAGGUUCUCAUGAAGCAGAAGAUGACAGUAAAUCUGUGCCUGAAAGAGCUAGCAAAUUAACAAGCAAAAUUGGUCUUCGUAUUUAUGGUCAUGGAAUCAAACAGCUGCUACCUGUACACAAAUUGAGUCAAGAGUCUGUUGCAAAACUGUUAUAUACUGUUGAAUUGCUACAACACUUGAAAGAGAACUACAUAAAUAAGAGUGUUCAAGAAUAUGUAGAUGAAGCAAAAGUUAAAGCAACUUGGAUAUGGGAAGAACUGAAUAAAGAACCUGCUGCAGCUGAAGAGACUGCAAAGAGUCUGGAGCAGAGGAUGCUGUCAUUGGCCAGGAGAAUGACAUCUGUACUUGUACAUGCUUACAAUGUCACUGCAGUUCCCAUUUCUGCACUACCCAAGACGUACCAGGAAGGAUUUCAAACUGCACACAGAUAUGCCACAGAACUCUUUUCUCAGUUUGAUCAGGCAACAAAUGCUGGUGAUGUGACUGUUCUAAUGCUUCAAGGAAUUCGGGAAAAACUCUCGGCCCUUCAAACUGUUAUCCACGGUCUUUCUUCUCAAACUGAACAGAUUGAAAUGCAAGACCUUGGAUCUUCUGAAAAAUCUGAAGAUGUUAAAGAGCAGGAAUCUGAAAGUGUUAAAGAGCAGAAGUCUGAAGCUGGAUCUUCUCACUAAUGCUAACAUUUACUUUUGUAAUUUUUGUAUUAAUUAAAUGUUUCUAAUGUUCAUGCACAGUUUUGUUUUGUCUUUAUAGGUAUCUUUUGGCAGUAUUUUAUUACAAAAUAAAUCUGCUUUAUAUUUUGAAAA